CUUUUUUGAGAAGCGUCACCCAAUAAACCGUGACUGCGUGUAGAUACUUGACAGUUACAGUCAUUGUAUCGUUGAUCUUCCCAAAAUCCCCCGCCUUCCUGAUGUCUCCAUAUGUACUGGGCAGGGGCUAACAUAAAUCUCCGAAAGUGCUGCACGCAGACUAUAAAGACCGCGAGGCUUGCCAGCAGUUAGGAGAGACAUGACAAGCUUGUUGCAACCUCUGAGAAGACUACCAAGAUCGACAUUCCUAAGACCAUCUUUUUAUCGAACAAUUUUCACCACACCGGGACUAAAAAUGGACUGGAACGACCCGAAAGCUGUUGAGUGCUACCGCAAAGAGGCGGAAAACAUCACUAGCCACUACGCUCGCGCCCUUACGCUACAGGCAGGCUUUGACAAGGUUGGCCACGAUGAGCAACUCGUUGUCCUUGACAAUGCUUGCGGCACAGCCAUAGUCUCAUUACAUCUCUAUGACGUUCUCCCUAACGACGCCAAAGACAACCUGGAGCUGCUUUGCGGCGACAUCUCUGCUCCCAUGCUUGCUACAGUGGAGCAGAGAAUCAAGGAAUAUGGAUGGAAGGGCGCUAAGACUCAAAUUGUUGAUACCCAUGACACCAAACUCCCAUCCAAUCAUUUCACGCACGUCCUCACGAACUUUGGGUUUGUCGGCUUGAAGAAACCACACACCGCUCUCGAUGAGCAAAAUCGUAUCCUCCGCCCUGGAGGGACCCUUGCCCUGACGGUCUGGGAGUCUACUGGUUGGUUCGAAUACACUGCCGAGGCCGUGAGAAGCCUGCCCUCACCCCCACACUUCCCAACCUGGCCCGAGUUCUGCAACGCCUUUGUUUCCGAGGAGGACACUGGGCCGCGCAAGUGGCACUUGACCUCGUUCAUGGUGGAGCAAAUCCGCAGCCACGGCUUUGAGGAUGUCCAAACUACUAGGGUGAAGUCCCACACGAGGCAUGAGAGCGCGAAGAAGUACUGCGAGGUCUAUGUUCCCAUGCUCAAAAUGAUCACGGCUACGUUUUGGAAUGAGGAGCAGAGGGAGAAAUAUGGGGGAUUGGUGGAAGCGGCACUUGUGAAGCGUCUGGAAGAGGUGUUUGGAGAGGGUGAGAUUGUGCUUGAUUGGGAGGCUACGAUCAUUGUCGGGAAGAAAAAGAUGAAUUGAAAUGGAGAUGGAAGAAGAUGGAAUAUCCUUCGUUUGUAGUGGCGUUGACUUAGUGGUGUUGACUUUAACGGCCAGUUUCUUUGAACGUUCAUUUGCUUUGGGAUUACACAUGUUGUUUUCGUCCAUAUUGUUCUAGCGGAUCUUAAUAGGCAAAAUUCAGAAGUGUCCGAUAAAAUCGAG